AACAGCAUUACAUACGCCAUUUAUACGCAACAAUAAUCUUCCAAAUCACAGUUCUUAUAGAGCUUGGUCCUCGACUUCCCAACCUUAUCCCUUAGCUAACUGCCUAUAAAAUCCUCACCCGCCUUUGGUUUUGAUCACGUAAUUUCACCAGAAUAAGCUUAGCUGAGUAUCUCUUACCAUGAGUUUUAGUUCAACAAAGCAUUCCUUAAUAAAGAGUAGAGAUUAUUCUUCCCAUUUUCUACUCCAGAUAAGGGCAGUGAUGAAAUACCCCUACAUUGAAACAUUGUUUUUCAUGUUGCUUUUUGUUUCAUCAAAAGCUAAGUUACUACCUUCACAAGAAGACCUAAAUGUAUCUCCUGUUUCAGCUAUUUUUGCAUUCGGAGAUUCGAUAAUCGAUUCAGGAAACAAUAACUUCCUUGGUUCAGUUGCAAAAUCAAAUUACUGGCCUUAUGGUUGUGACUUUAACCAAGGUCCAACUGGAAGGUUUUGUAAUGGCAAGACAGUGAUUGACUUACUCGGAGAAAAGUUAGCCAUGCCAUAUCUUCCGCCAUUCGCAGAUCCCACUGCCAUCGGCGCAAGAAUUAUGGGAGGUAUCAACUAUGCUUCAGCCGGAGGUGGCAUCCUAGAUGAAACUGGUCGACAUUGGGGGGAUCGUUUUAGCUUAAGCCAGCAGGUAUUGAACUUCGAAAGAACUUUGGAUCAGUUAAGGAGCACGAUGACUGGAAGGAAUAUGACUCGAUAUCUCGAAAAAGCCAUUGCGUUUAUGUCAUUUGGUAGCAACGACUACAUUAAUAACUACCUUAUGUCUUCGUUGUAUGAUUCUAGCUUCACCUACAAACCUCCAGAGUUUGCCAAUCUUCUCCUCAAUCGUUAUGCUCGCCAGAUUUUGGCUUUAUACAAUGUAGGAUUGCGAAAGUUUUUCAUAGCAGGAAUAGCACCUAUUGGUUGCAUUCCAAAUCAGAGGGCAACAGGUCAAGCGCCUCCAGGAAGAUGUGUGGACUCAGUUAAUCAAAUGUUGGGCACGUUUAAUGAAGGCCUUCGAUCUCUCGUGGCGCAGCUUAAUGCUAAUCAUCCGGCUGGAAUCUUUGUUUACUAUAAUACAUAUUGCGUUCUGGGAGAUUUACUCAACAACCCUGCUGCUUAUGGAUUUUCGGUGAUUGAUAGGGCAUGUUGUGGAUUAGGACAAAUUACAUGCAUGCCAUCCGCAGUGCCUUGUCCGGAUAGGAAGCAGUAUUUGUUUUGGGAUGCCUAUCACACUACUGAAGCAGCCAACUCAAUACUUGCUCAACGUGCUUUCGUCGGACCUCCGACUGACUGCUACCCUAUUAAUUUUCAGCAGUUGGCUCUUAUUUGAUAAUCUUAUUCAGCAUUAGUGCAUUACUCAACAUAUGUUCUGUUUUUGGGGAAGGGAAGAAUUUCAACAUGUAUUUUGUUUCUUUUAUUUUGCUACCUAGAACUCUAAUGGCUGAAGAUUUACUUCGCUUGCAAUGAUACCAUUUUAUUAAUUAA